AUGCCAGGCUUGCUAAGGACGGCGAGCAACUCGUCGGCCUCUGAAGGCGACACGCCUGCGACGAGCGUCAAGUCUAGCGUGAAUGGUGACUAUCCGGCUGUCACAUUCCCUGGCUAUGCAGAGAAGCCUCUAGAUGAGCAGCUAGAGCCAAUUGCCGUUGUUGGCAUGGGCUGCCGGCUCCCGGGAGAUGUCCGUUCACCGGCCGAUUUCUGGGAUAUGAUGAUGAAGAAGAAGACCGGCAACACACCAAAGGUUCCGGCAUCGAGAUUCAACAUAGACGCUCACUAUCACAAGAACAAUGACCGGCCAGGCAGUUUCAGCGUCUUGGGAGGAUACUUUCUAGAUGAUGAUCUAGCAAAUUUCGACCCCGGUCUCUUCGGCAUAACGCCGAUAGAGGCAAUGUGGAUGGAUCCGCAGCAACGCAAACUGCUCGAAGUCGUUUACGAAGCCCUAGAAUCUGGCGGGAUAUCUCUGGAUGCUAUUGCUGGCACCCGAACCGCUGUUUUUGCUGCCAGCUUUACGGCAGACUGGCAGCAAAUGGCAUUUAAGGAGCCAUCAUUUCGACAUAGUUUGGCAGCGACGGGUGUUGAUCCUGGAAUUAUCAGCAACCGUAUUAGCCAUGUGUUCAACUUGAAUGGCCCCAGCAUAGUCGUCAACACGGCAUGCUCAUCGUCAGUGUAUGCCUUACACAAUGCUUGCAAUGCUUUGCGAAACAGGGAAGCCGAGGGCGCCAUUGUCGGUGGCGUAAAUCUUAUAAUCACUGUCGACCAACACAUGAACACGGCAAAGCUUGGUGUCUUGUCACCGACAUCAACAUGCCACACCUUUGACGAGAGAGCAAACGGGUAUGGUCGUGCGGAUGCUGUUGGAGCGGUAUACAUCAAACGACUCUCUGAUGCUAUUCGCGAUGGCGACCCGAUACGCGGUGUGAUCCGAUCCACUGCUGUGAACUCGAACGGAAGAGUUCCCGCAACUGGAAUCACGUACCCGAACCGCGAAGGACAGGCCGACGUGAUUUCUCACGCUUAUAAGCGCGGUGGAGACCUCGACCCUCGCCUGACCGGGUAUUUCGAAUGUCAUGGAACGGGUACUUCUAUUGGUGACCCCCGUGAGGUACACGCUGUCUCCAUAGCUAUGAAUAAGGGCCGUAAGGCAGGGGACGAGCCAUUAUUGAUCGGUGCAGUCAAGACAAACAUUGGACAUAGUGAAGCUGCCAGUGGAUUGUCUGCACUCAUCAAGGCAAUCUUGACCGUAGAGCGCGGCAUUAUCCCUCCAACCCGUGGUCUUGUAACCCCUAACCCCAAGAUCGAAUGGGAUGACUGGAAAGUCAAGGUAGCUACCGAGCCAGUCCCAUUCCCUGCACACUUGCCAGUACGACGUGUAUCGGUCAAUAGUUUUGGAUACGGCGGCACAAACGCCCACAUUGUCGUCGAAGCUGCCGAGUCCUUGAUAAGGGAGCACCAAACGUACAAAUACAUCGACGACAAUGGGCCUCGAAGGCUUCACACGCCUCGCCGAGCGGCUCUUCGCAAACGUCCUUUCUUAAUUCCUUUCUCAGCUCAUGAUACCCAUACACUUAAACGAAAUAUUGAGGCCCAUGGACGCGUGGUGGGCAAAUACAACUUGCUGGACUUGUCGUAUACUCUCGCCAAACGGCGAAGCGUCCUUCAGAGCAAAGCCUUCACCGUCGCUAGCCAUAUUAAUGCCAACGACGUGUUUAAAAACAUAGCAAGCUCGUUCACUUUUGCAGAAAAGAAGUCGGUUCGGGAUAUCGGCUUUGUCUUCACUGGGCAAGGUGCCCAAUGGGCACGUAUGGGUGCGGAACUCAUUGAGUACAGCCCACGCUUUCUCAGGUCUAUCCGUAAUCUUGACCUUACUCUCGAGGAGUUACCUGAUGGCCCGGAAUGGUCUAUCGAGGAUGUACUCCUGGAGCCUGCCGAGGGCUCUCGAAUCAACGAAGCUGAAUUCUCACAACCCUUAUGCACCGCUGUCCAAAUUGCUAUUGUGCAAUUGCUCGCGUACUGGGGCAUACGUCCAGUAGUUACAGUCGGCCACUCUUCUGGCGAAAUUGCCGCUGCGUACGCUGCUGGAUUAAUCUCAGCUAAAGAUGCUAUCAUUGCUGCCUACUACCGCGGAAAGGUCACGCGUGACGUUCAAACUAGCGGUGCAAUGAUGGCAGUUGGUCUCGGUGCAGAGGCAGUCAAGCCAUAUCUCGAAGAAGUCCAGGGCAAGGUAGUCGUUGCUUGCCACAAUUCUCCUUCGGGCGUGACUUUGAGUGGUGAUGCAGAUGCCUUAGAUACGGUCAAGGUUGCACUUGACAAUGCCGGAGUUUUCGCACGUCUUGUGAAGACGAAUGGCAAGGCGUAUCAUUCGCAUCAUAUGGCACCGGUGGCUGCCAACUAUGAGGAACUUGUCCUUGCGGCCAGGAAGCAUUCUUCCUUCGAACUACCCGGCACGACAACCACGAGAAUGGUGUCUUCGGUUACCAACGAGAUUCUCGCUGAAAGGGCCGUCUUAGAUCACACCUACUGGAGCGCCAACUUGAGAAGUCCCGUGCUAUUUAACCAGGCCGUCCAAACCAUCUUGACGAGCCAGCAGUUCGAGAACGUUGACCUGCUGAUAGAAAUUGGCCCUCACUCUGCCAUGUCUGGGCCGAUUAAACAAAUCAAGGCCGAGGUAAAGUCUGAAAAGCUUGACUACCUGCCUACCCUAUUGAGGGGAGCAGAUUCGGCUGUUCAACUUCUUAAGCUCGCGGGUGAGCUGUUCCUCCGAAAUUAUCCGAUGGAUAUGGAACGUGUUACUAGUGCAUAUGUCGAAGAGAGGUCGCCUAAGGGCAAACUGACCAAGGCUAAGGGGUCAGUCAUUGUCGACUUGCCCCCCUACCAAUGGAACUACACUCGACCAUUCUGGGCGGAGAAUCGCGCAAGCCGCGAACAACGGCAGCCGAAAUACCCUCGACACGAUGUUCUCGGACAGCUUGUGAUUGGCUCUUCCCUUACUGAGCCAACUUGGAGAAACGUUCUGCGAACCAAAGAUUUGCCUUGGCUGAAAGAUCACUUUCUCGGAGGCGAAUCUGUAUUCCCAGCGGCUGGCUACUUCUCCAUGGCAAUGGAGGCCAUCACUCAGCUCAAUGAAUUAAGUGACAAGCCUGCCGAAAUCGAGAGUUAUGUGUUGAGAGACGUUUCUAUCAAGAAGGCUCUCGUGACACCAGAUGACGAUGACGGUAUCGAAGUCGUAUAUAACAUGCGGCCCUCCGUGUUUUGCGAGUCAGAGAACAAGCCCACCUGGUGGGACUUUAGCGUCUCAUCCAUUGAUAGGGACGGCGCGAAAAAGGAGCACAUGGCUGGAAGUAUCAGUAUCAAUACUCACCCGCGCGGGAAAGCCCCCCGAAAGGCGCCGUCAUUCCCGCAGCGUGCUAGUGGAAAAACCUGGAACCAAGCCCUACGUGAGGUUGGAUUCGAUUACGGCCCGACAUUUCAGGACAUGGACGACAUCCGGUUUGACGGCAAGCAGUACGAGGCUAGUUGCACUACCAACAUCAAGCAGUACGUCGAUGAGUCGCUAGGAGAGUCCAGAUACGCUCUGCAUCCAGCCUGCAUAGACUCCACAUUGCAGCUUGUUAUUGCCGCGAUUUACGCCGGCCGUACAAGCGCUAUGGACUGCGGUGUUGUGCCUAUCCAGGUUGAGGAAGUGACAAUCUGGCCGCCAACCCAACAACAGCUCGAGACAAAGAAAGCCAGUGCAUAUGCCUGGGUCGGUAGACGAGGCAUCCGAUCCUUCGAGCACAGCGUCCAAAUGGCGGCAGAGGAUGGCGAGAUGGUCUUGGAGAUUCUCAACGUACGUACUACCAAGUACGAGGCUGCUGUUCCCCAGAAGGCAGAGAACACACUUAAGGAGGCUCCAUACGGUACGAUGUCCUGGGAGCGUGACUUUAACAGUCUCGCAACUGAUUCAAGUAUCGACGACUUGACCGUACCUGAUCUAGCGCACUUGGCAUUGUUCAAAUCCCCUCGCACGAAGAUACUCGAGAUAGGUCUCCAGCAUGCACCAGAGGUCCUACGUAGGAAUCCUCAAGCCACUUACACAGUUGUGGUUACCUCUGACGAGGAAGCGGAGUCGGCUACUGCAUCUAUCAAAGGUUAUCAGAACACCAAGGUUAUUAAAUUUGACCGAGCUCGGGAUGCAGAGGCUCAGGGGCUGAAGCCGGAGUCGUAUGACUUCUUGAUAGCUGAUCAAGGCACAGCGCCCACAGCGGAGCUUAUUUCUAAGCUCCAGAGCAUUGUCAAACCUGGAGGACAUGCUGUCUGGGGUUCCUCUGCAGAGAUGGCCGACGGCGAGGCUGACCUCGGCUAUUCUCCAGUUGUGAGGAGUAGCUCUGGUGUAACAAUCUGCCGUGUCGGAAAAUUGAACGAGAACCAGGAAUCUAGCGUGGGACACGAAGUCCAACUGGUUUAUCGCACAGCAGAGGAAUCGACCUUGCUGGACGUUAAAGCUGCCUUGGAGGCCCUCUCUUGGAAUGUCAAGGUCUCUGGCUUGAACGAUUGCAUCGAGUCCCAAAUUUCUGAGCAUGUCAUCCUACUCGCAGACUUCGAGGGCCCUACUUUAUUCACUCUGACAGAGAAUGAGUUCUUGGCCAUUCAAAAUAUCAUCAAGUCAGCAACGUCUCUUCUCUGGGCUAACCCAUGCGGCAUUCUUGACGGGAAGAGGCCUGAGUUUUCUAUGACUUCUGGUCUUGCAAGGGUUAUCACAGCUGAGCAAGCUUCGCUCGAUUUCAGGACGCUCAGCAUUGAUACCGAUACUGUUGAGCCGCGCCAAGUUAUCGAUUCUAUCAAGAAGGUCGCCGAACAGCAGCUGAUAAAGGAAGAAUUGCCCGAGAGAGAGUAUUGCGUCUCGAACGGGAAGACUUACAUUAGUCGACUGGUGAGAAACCAGAGUCUGAACAACAUCUUUACCGCAUCGCACGAAACGGAGCCGACAAGCUUUUCCCCCGACAAUCGAAUCACGGGUCAAGUCUUGAAAGGCAAAGUCGUGUUCCAGCAGCAGAUAGACGGGGGGGAUGAUAUCAAGCCUCACCAUGUGGAAAUACAAGUUCAAUGCAGUGGCCUGACCAAGGAGGGAGUGCGCGUUAUUAAUGGAACUGAUUAUCCGACUACAUUCAGCCAUGAGAUUGGCGGCCUGGUAAUGAAGGUCGGGGCAGGCGUCCAGACUUUACAGGUUGGUGAUAGAGUGGUGGGCUUCAACUUUGACAAGUUCUCCAGCUAUCAGCAAGCCCCGGCCACGAUGCUUCAUAAGAUUGAAGCUGAAGACGAUAUGAGCACAGCAGUGAGCACGUUGAUGGCCUAUGCUGCCGCUUUGCACGGUCUUCGAAAUCUCGCUCAGAUGAAGGCUGGAGAAAGGGUCCUAAUCCUUCACGGCACAGGCACUAGCGGUGCUGCAGCAGUCAAAAUUGCCCAGUCUGAGGGUGCCAUUCCCUAUGUUGUAGCUGCAACACAAGACGAGGUUGAUUUCCUCCAGAAUCAACUCGGGCUUGACCCAGCACACGUGAUCAAGACCACAGACGGCCAGGUUUCCCAACGUCUCAACGAGCUAACAGAGGGCAAUGGUGCUGAUAUUGUCUUCAGUGCUGGCCAUGUAGAUCCAGCCGCUGCACACGAGGCGUGGCGAUGCAUCGCUCGUUUCGGUCGCUUCUUGGACGGGGGUCGGAAGGAUGUACUGAACAGAAAUGCCAUCAAUACUGUCCCAGUUCAUCGGAACGCAAGUUAUAUGCCUUUCGACCUUCUAGACUUAUACGAAGCCCGCCCUCAAAUCCUUUCUGAGCUGCUCCCAAACAUUAUCACCAUGCUCAAACAGGGUUCGAUUGUGGCUCCUGGUCGGGUCCAGCAUGUCAACCUCGCUCAGCUCGAUCAGGCUAUUUCCAAAUACUCUGAUUCCUUCGACGCGGCCAAGUCAAUUAUUCGGUAUGAGGCGGCCGAGGAACAGAUACAGGUCUUGCCUACCAGGAUCCCACUCAAGUUCAGCCCUGAAUCAACCUACCUGCUGGUUGGCUGCUUAGGUGGUCUGGGACGUAGUCUGACUUCUUGGAUGAUGGCAUCUGGUGCGCGAAGAUUCACCUUCCUCUCACGUUCUGGUACCGAUUCCGAGUCUGCUGCACAGCUUGUUAAGGAUAUAGAGACUGCCGGUGCUAUCGUUCAGGUGGUGAGAGGAGACGCGACAUCGCUGGCCGAUGUGAAUCGCGCUGUUGAAGGAGUGUCUCCGGAACACCCAAUAAAGGGUGUCGUUCAUGCGGCUAUGGUCCUGCGAGACGGUCUCUUCCACUCCAUGUCUUUCCAAAACUGGAAGACAUCAGUUGAGCCAAAGGUCGUAGGUGCUACGAACCUUCACUCGGUGCUGGCAGAUACGCCUCUGGACUUCUUCCUUAUGACCAGCUCCGUGUCAGGAACCCUGGGUACCCCUGGUCAGGCCAACUAUGCGGCGGCCAACAGCUAUCUCGACUCCCUUGCACGACACCGCAAGUCUGCCAACAAGGCUGCUACCUCGGUAAUUCUACCAAUGAUCCUUGGUGUUGGUGUCGUAGCUGAAAGCACAGAGCUGGAAGAGGCUCUCAAGCGUAAGGGUAUGUAUGGUAUUGACGAGGAACAACUUCUCGAGUCCUUCGAGGCUGCUAUCAGUUCUGAGAAAUCGGAGCAGACGGUAGACCACAUUGUUGUCGGCCUUGACCCCGCCAGGCUUCAAAAGGCUGUCAGCGAUGCUACGGAGGGUGGUAGCUUCUGGGUAGAAGAUGCUCGCUUUAGUCAUGUUGUCAACGACAUGAACUCCUCAGCAGAAGAUGCUGGGGCUGCGAUGGGGGCACAAAGCAUUUUAGCGACUAUUAAUGCUGCACCGUCUGCGGGUGAAGCCAUCGCUGCUGUAACUGAGCACUUCAUCGGAAAGCUAUCACGUAUACUCUUGAUCGGCACGGAGGAGUUCGACCCGGUCAACAAAUCGAUUGCCGACUAUGGUAUCGACAGCAUGAUCGGCGCUGAACUUCGAAAUUGGAUCUUCAAGGAGUACCGACUAGACGUUCCAUUCCAACAGCUUCUUGGGCCAACUUUGAGCAUUACUAAGUUUGCAACUCAAGUAUGCUCUAGCCAAGGAAUUGUUUCAUCGUGA